AUGUCUGAUAAAUUUGAAUCCGUUUUAUCCUCAUACCAAAGAAGCGGUCCUAAUUGUCAGGGUGAAGAUAAAUCUAUCAUCCGAAAGACUGAAUAUGUGCAUACGGCAUGUGAUAUGUUUCCAAAAAAAAAACGUGGACCUAAACCCAAAUUCCAUUUGGUUGAUAUUGAUCUCGAACGUCUUGGCAGUAACAACCUUGUGCAUCGCAUAGUAGGGAUUCAAAGAAACUUGGUAACUAUGGAGAUUAUUCAAGUUUUCGACGACACAAAAAAAGAUUUAAUUACAGAAUUGAUAAGCCUGUUUAAUAUUAUGGUUGGCGCUGGACUCUAUUCAUUAGAAAGCCCAACAUCAAUUCAAAGUAAUGAGGGGGCUGCAUUGCCCUUAUAUUUCUUGAACAAGUUUUAUAACAUGCCCACUGGGAACUAUGAGAUCGAUUCAUUCUGUUCACAAAAUAUUCAUUCAUCGAUCAAAGAG